AUAAAUGCUGCUGAGAGGCAGGGAGCUCCAGGAAAGCAAAAGGAACUGCUAAGUUCUCUUUCAGCACCACGGACAGCUCCUCUCCUGCAGUAGCAGUAGCAGCAGCACAGGCAGUUCUCACUGCAGACACACAAUGAUGAAGAGAGCCCUCGUCUUCUGGAAGUAUCGCACCCUCUUCUCCCUCAUUCUCUGUACACUGGUUCUCUUCAAGGUCCACUUAACCCAUGCAGCCCCUACCUCCCAACAACAUACAGAGCAAUUGUCCCGCUCCAACAUCAAUACCAGAGGGAGCCACUGGGCUGUAGGCCAUCUAAUGGGGAAGAAAAGUAUAGAGGAAAACCCCUAUGUAUUUGAUGGAGGGGAGCGAGCCCCGGCUAAUGUCUAUACAGAGGGAGAGAAGCCGGUGGAGCUGUACCAGCAGUGGAGGGAGGCGCUUCUCAACUUGCUGCAGAUGUUAGAGAUCAGCGACAACAGAAACACCCAGGCAAUGAGAGAAGCCACACUGUACAAGAAACUCUGGGAUAUGGAAGAUAACAGCAAAGUCAAGGAGAUGUUGGAUUUUUUCUACCGGAUGAUGAAUUUAAAAGAAAACGCCUCGAGCUGAGCCGCGUGCCAUCGCUUGGGAAGGAAAGACAUAAAUUCUAUCUGGCGGAGGUUCCGUUCCACCGACACUCGAUCGCUCCGAUCACCGAGAUUUUAUUUAUGUCCCCAGUUCCGCUUUGGUGUAAACGAAAUUCUGUAGGUUCCCUCAUUCCGACCGCCCCCGACAUCCCAUUGUUUCCCAAGAGGCGACUGGUUGGAUCUGUCUCACUGUAAAUAUCGAGGAAGGGUCUUCCAAGUACAGGAUUCUAUUUUAGCACUUCUACUGGUUUCAUCUCUUUAGUUUGUAGGCACAGAAUAUUUUAACAUUCACAAUAAAAACUCAGAAAAAAAGUUCAAUGGAUUAUUAUU